CUUUGCUUCCUAUAUUUUAUGUGCCAACCAAAACUGUCAAAACUACAAGAAGGUUGUAGACAAUGUUUAGCAGACUGACUACAUUUCUUGCUCAGGCAGCUGAAGUUACCACGCAAGUGUUGGUGGGGCAACAGAAGAAAGAAGAGGAGUUCAGUGGACACUGGAAGACUAUUACUGGAUUGAUAUCGUCUGCUGGGGAAUCCGAGAGUGAUUCAUGUAUAACUGAAAUAUCAACUCACCUUGAGAGAAUGGCCGACCUCUUGUUCCAGGAGGAAGAGGAGGAGAAAACUGUUUCCAUGGGCCCUUGCAUGGAGUUCGUCAUUCGUCAUAAAUUAUUGGAUACUCUGUGUGCAACUGCUAAGAGUGAUUUUCCUGAAGGAAUGAGAAAGAGUGUGUUUCACUUCUUGUCACUAUUAUUGGGUCGCAUCCAGCAGCCACUGAUCCCUCAUAUAACUGUACACAGACCACUUAAUACAUUGAUCAAGACUUGUGGAUUAAGUUAUGUCAAUCCAUUGGCAGUGGUUGAGGUCCAGUUUUUGAGAACCCUCUGUCUGACUUUACGUAAUGACGAAACACUAUCAAACUUCUUUCUUGAGGAGAGCAGUGAUAAAGGUACGACUAAUUUUACUGUUGCAGAAGCUUUAAUGAGAAUAUCAAACUGCGAGGAUAGUUUAGUUUGUUUGAAAGCAUUCGAGUGUUUAUUGGAGUGCGUACCCUUACAGACGGUCUCUCCCAUCAUGUGCCGGUCACAGUUUCCUUUGCUGCUUGCCUCAAAGAUGAGGCAACACUUGCAGCUCCUACCAUCUUCCCUUGACUAUACUGACAUACUCAACUGUAGAGGAGGCUGGGGUGUGAAUUAUGCCAGCAGUUCUGCCAUACAUUGUCUCUCACCUUCUCCAUCUCAGCCUCUCCUUCACCUUGAGGCUUACCUCUCAUGGCUGGACUAUUGUGAACAAGUGGUCACCUCUGCUGCAGAAGACCUACAGGAUUAUAUAUGUGAUUGCAUCAGAGAGCAAGUACUUGAGUCUGUUGUAUUACCAAAGCUCUUGACUUCCUCAGAGAUAGAUCUUGUAAUGGGACUGUCUCUACUAUCACUGAACCUUCUUGUCACAUCGCACAUAAAACUGACCAUGACAUUCAUUCACUUCAUUAUGAAUCACAGUUUAGACAAGUUGAUAUCUUCUUGUAAUCAUUUAAGUGAAGAGGUUUCCUGUUCCUCUUUCCUUCUUCUUGGGACAUUGUUCCAGCGUCCAACUGGACUACCAUAUCACCUUCUCUCAACCAACCAGUCUCCCUCCACUCUGCUGAAUAAAGAAUACAUCAGAAACACAGUAUCAAGUUAUUUGAGUAUCGUUCCUUCUCACUUGUUAACUGCACAAGAGGUUACUGGUGACAGUGGCAUCACUUAUUAUAUGAUUGAAGCACACCAACAGGUUUCCACAUGUUAUCAGCUAGUAAAUGAUUGGGAAGGUAAACCAGAAUCUGUUCAAAACAAUGAAGUAAAAGAAGACGAGAUAGAAAGAGAAGAAGCAAAAGAGCAUCCAUUGAUCACUGCUCUCUUGGACAGACUAGAAAGACUCUUGGAUCAGACAUACGAGUUAAACCUUCACCUAACUACAGUCAUAUCAAUACUAGCUGCUUAUCCUCAAUUGGAGUCUUUAUUUGUUACUACAGAGACAGGCUCUUCAGCUCAUCGCAAUGUAUACACAGUCCUACAGAAAGUCAGCUCUCAGUUGCAGGAUCAUGCUGAGCGUAACCCAACCUUACAGCUCAAUAUUGUAGAGGCAAGACGAAGACUUGCUGGACAAGAAACAUCAGAUUUAUUGAGUAUGCCUAACAAUGAGCUAUUGGAAGGUGCAGUGUUACUAGAAGAACUGUGUAAAGAGAUAGCUGCCAAUCUUUACGUGAGGCACUCUACUUCACUCAUCUCAGGGCAAGCAGUUUUAUGAGAUUUUUUCAUUUUAUGAUCUUAUUAUUAUUAUUAUUUUUGCAUGUCACCUCGUCGCACACAAGAACUCACAUUUGCUCUAUUUUUGUAAACUCAAAGUUAUAAUAAUUCGACUUAGUUUCUCCUCGCAA